UCAUGCCCCUACACCAUGCAAAAAACCAUUUUCAAAAAGCGACCCACGUAUGCCGAAAAUAUUCUAGAGCGAAUCACCAAGCACGAGCAUCUUCUGUGUGCCAGAGAACAUAAAACAAUUCUUUUGGGAAACAAGAGCGACUUGGAGCGCUAUAGGCAAGUGUCUGAAGCAGAAGGUGAGGCAAUGGCCAACAAGUAUAAAAUACACUUUGCGGAAUCAACAGCGGCAGGAGAUCCACGCCCUCUAUCCCAAUUACUUCAUACUACAUUUCAGAAUAUCCUAACUGGGACGAGAAGUCCGUCUCCUCGGCUUUGCUCAUCGGACUCCGAGAUUGUUACUCCCAGGAAGUCGGCUGUUUCAACACUUCGGACGAACAAUCGGUCAGGUCAAGUGCGGUCUAAAACUGCGAAGCCGGUACCAUUACACAAGACGCCGAGUUUGAGCAAGGUCAAAACGGGUAGCAAGUUGCUGAAGCUAUUUCAUAACUAG